AGAAAACACGAAGAGACGCGCAGCGCAGUUCGGUUUAUUUCGUGGAGCCCCUGCGUUGCGUUGCGUUGCGUUCCUGUUCAGCUUCAAUCGCUUAACAGUAAAGGACAGUUCGACUCUUCCACACAAUCCUUAUCUGUCCAUUUUACGUCGACACUAAUACUCAAGACUCGAUUUGUCCGUCGCUCAUUCUCGUUGCCUCUUGUCGUAUUUUACUACCAUCCUUCUGCUUGCUGUCCACGUCUAAACACUUCCCUGCGCCGAGUUCAAUAUGCCCAGCAUGUGGCUCACAGAUAUGCAAAAGGUUGGCGUCGCCUUCUGCUCAGGAGGCGGAUUGUUUCUUUUCGGCGGUGUAGUCAUGUUCUUUGAUCGCUCCAUGUUAGCCAUGGGCAACAUCCUCUUCCUGAUCGGUCUCACCCUCAUCAUUGGAAUCCAAAAGACAUUUGUCUUCUUCGCAAGAAAGCAGAAGCUCAAAGGAACAGCUGCGUUCAUGGGUGGCAUCCUGCUAAUUCUGCUACGAUGGCCCUUGACCGGCUUCCUGGUUGAACUCUACGGCAUCUUUGUCUUGUUUGGAGACUUUUUCGCAACCAUCGCAUCCUUCGCCGGCAACAUUCCAAUAAUUGGACCAUACAUCCAGAUGGCGCUUCGGAAGGUGAAUUUCGCAAGGAGAAACGCAGAGUUGCCGGUCUGAGAUGUUUCAUACCACUGUCAUCUCCUACCAUCAACGUGGUUUGAGUCCUCCAAAC